AUGACUUCGACACCAUCGAACGUAGCCAAACUCCAUAGGAAGCCAGAAGAGGAGCGCCAUCACGAUAUCCAUCCGAGUGUCUCCCCACAUACAAGCGAUUUCGAUAUACACCGCCUCGCCCAUUCGUCUAGGCACCCAAGCUAUACGUCUCAUGCUACAGCUCGGAAAGAUUCCGGAACAGAAAAACGCUCGUGCACUCAUCCUACUCUUUUGGAGAAAAUCCAAGGCAUCAAAGACGAACUUCAGGGAAAGAUAACUCGCAACCCAGAACUCGUACAACACGGAAAGGACUUGUUACAUGGCUCUGUAUACAAUGAAAGUGGGCACGGACCACAUGAUCCGGUGCCGGGCAACAAAGACGUAUUAGACGAACAGCACCAAGAUCGCAGUAAUAGUACAUCCAAGGCAUGA